AUUCCGCUAGCCAAGAUGAAAAUUCAACUUCAAAAUAUUUUCUUUAUCAAGCUUGAUGAGUCGUACAUUAUCAGUAAUAGCUUAUCCAAUACUUAUCGUAAUUAUCUGAUAAUAAUUAGUAUUGGUCGUCGUGAUGGCGGAGACACGACGAAGUUACAUUUUUUGUGCAUUUCUCUCAGGAAUUUUAAGUGUGUUGUUAAUUAUUGUUGCACUUGCUAGCGAGGGGUGGGUAGUGUCUACGGGAAGCACGGCUGAACAGAACAAGGACAGCAUUAUCCGCUAUGGCAUGUUCAACGGAGAAUUGGCGUUACAUAUCUUCAUUACUCCCUCUUAUAAUAGACUUUACAUGACAUGUUUAUCGGACAUAAACGCGUGCGCUGUGAGCUGUAAAACGGAGAAAGAAGCGAGGGAAGACGAGGUGCGUGCUCUUGCGCAGGGUUUCCGACCAAACUUAGCCUGCGUGUCGUUCACCACUGUUGAUACAAAUAAUCCGCUAUCAGAGCCGCCUGUACUAUCGUACGGGGUGUACGUGAGUCUGCUCACUCUACUGUUCCUGCAGCUGGUACUGGCGGUGCUGUCCGCGGGGCUCGCCAUACUGAACGCUACUAAGAACCCUACAGAACCAAUAUUUGGCUUGCCAGGUUGUCUCUGGUCGAACGUGGCUACCACAGUGGUGGGUAUGACAUUCAUGCUGUUCUUCGGCAUCUACUGGCUGACCUCCGGGUGGAAGGACCACCUCGCUUUCUCCUACAUCGCGCUGGGAUCGUUGACACCUGGCCCUGGACUUGGUUACUCUUACUGGGUUCUACUAGGUGCUAAUCUAUGUUCCAUCGCCAACGUCGGUUUGAUCAUGCUGAGAAACUACCUUCUGGAGAGAGACCCUCCUCCCCCCACUAUUAAAGUAGAAAAUCACUCUGAUGGAACCAUAUUCUUGUAUUAAAAACAAUCACAAGUUUUCUUCACCAAUCUACUUAUUUAUCCUUAAACUUUCUAUUUUUAUUUCGAAUUCAUGCAAACAAUUUGCCAUCAUUACUUGAAGAUUUAAAUUGAAAAAUACAUUUGAAUUCGCUAAAGAGUUUUCGUCUUCAAUGGGACAGUUGUUAAGAAACAAACAAAGUAGGGACCCUAAAAUUGUGCGCAUUAAGUUGAGUAUUGUUGAGAUCCAGAACACUUAAGUGGGGAGUUGAGGGCAACUUCCUCGGCUUAAUUGACCACAAUUCGUAAAGUUGUACUUUGCUUACUGUUUACAUUCAGCCUAGAAACUGUAAGUUGUAAUGAUAAGCGUAUUUAGUUGUAAGUUUAUUUAUUUGUAUGUUUAAAUAAAGUAAUUUUAUAUUAA